GCCGUCCGCAAUGACAGCGGAAGUACGUGAGGGAGAAGGGGGGGAAUGCAGCUGAACACGGCAAUGACAGCGGAAGUACGUGAGGGAGGAGGGGGGGAAUGCAGCCGAACACGGCAAUGACAGCGGAAGUACGUGAGGGAGGGGGGGAAAUGCAGCUGAACACGGCAACGACAGCGGAAGUAUGUGAGGUAGGGGGGGAAUGCAGCUGAACACGGCGACGACGGGCUUCACUUUGUGAUGUGUCUGCAGGGUCUGUUGCGACCAAUAUGGUGCUCUGUGCAUAGUGCCCGGGACAUCAGAUAGGAGGACAUCUCCAUGACAUCACAUGAGAGCAUGUGUGUUCCAUGAUAUAUAACAUGAGAGCAUAUGUUCGGAUAUGUUCGGAUAUGAGGGGUUUGUUGCCCCUCUUUCUCCUCCCCAUGUCCAUGACAUCACAUGAGAGCACAUCUCCGUGACAUUAGAUGAGAUCGUAAUCUCAUAAAAGAUUGAUAGAUUGGAUAACAGGUCGUCGGGGAAGAUCAAAGGUAACAAUGACCGCUGCAAUGAUGAUGAUGAUGAUGACAUCGCAUAUCGAGUUAUGGGCGGGACAUGCAAUAGUAUGUGCUACUGAUGCUUCAACGAUUCUGGUGAGCUUCUAAUGCAGAGGUUGGAUAUGGUGGUCAUUCUCUCUCUCAUGCCUGUUGAUGAUCGACUGCAUAGCGGGCAUGGCGUGGGCACGCAGGCUUGCGGAAGCGUUACGAAUCAAAGCACUAGGACCACCAAAGUCUCAGAAAAUAAAGGAGGGGGAGGGGAAGGGGGAGGGGGAGGAAGAGAUUUGCAGGAGCAAGAAUGCUUUCUGUCUGCCGAGCAUGUUGCUAUCCAUCCACCCAACAAUUGUGUCUCUUCUCCUCUUGUCACCCCCAAUUCACUGGAACCGAGGAUAGUAUCGCCCCCUAUGUAUAAUGAUGGCUUCAGUGAUGGAGCUGUUGCUGAGGUGAUCCCUUCUUCUUCUUCUUAUUAUUAUUAUUGUUGUUGUUGUUGUUGUUCAUCUUCUUCUUCUUCUUCUUCUUCUGCUGCUGCUGCUGCUGGUGUUGCCAGUGCUGCUGUGGAGUAUGUAUCCGCCUUUGAUGCAGCUGCUAGUUAUGGUGGCCGUGACGAGAGGGAUCAGGAUGGAAACAAGAGUCUGGAGUGCAGUAGUCUCAAGGUUGUUCAUGGAAAGGAAGCACUCACAGCAGCAGACAGGUGCACUUGUAGCAAAGAUCUCCGCGAGAUGACGAUGGCCAGGAAAGAGACAGAGGGGGAGAAGCUCGAGCAGCAGCAGAAUGAGGAAAAUGGGUGUCGCCAGCAUCAUCAUCAUCAGCAGCAGCAGCAGGAGGAGGAGGAGGAGGAGGAGGAGAAGGACGAAGGGGUUGAGAUGGCAGUGGGUGAUCGUCCCUCCUACUUAUCCGUACCCCUCAGCACUAUCUGGGAAAUCCCUGAGGAGGGAACCUCUAUCUUCGGCCUUUGCGCAACUGCUUAUUCCCCUCCUCUUCCUUCUUCUUCUUCUCCUCCUCUUCAUUCUUCUUCUUCUUCUUCUUCUUCUUCUUCUUCUUCUUUGUCGUCGUCGUCGUCGUCAGGAGUGUUUCAGUGGUCAUUGGCAUGGCGGCUCCUCCUUAUGAAUGACGGGUCGUUGACCCGUUAUCUGGAGCUGUUGACUGGAAUGCCGAUCUCGAUCGAUUGCUUUCGAAUGCAAGCGAUGAAGAGUACAUGUGGCCUUCCUGACCAAUUUCUUAAGGACGUGGAACUGAUAGCGGGCCCGAGGUUGGAGCGGCAUUCAUUCCUGGCGACUGUGGAAGGGGGGGAGAAGCUGGUCUAUGCAGUGUCUUGGUGGUCAACGGAGUCCGUUGACCAGUACUUGCCCAAGACAGACAGAGGAAUUUGGACAAAUCUGGCGCUUUGUAGGACGGAGACCUACAGGGAGCUGAGGCGAGUCUACUCGGCUGGCGCAUCCGCAGAGCUCGAGAGGGCGUUUCACGCCCAAGGACCGUUUUGGGCGAGGCACUACAUCUUGUACCGUGACAGAAAACCUCUGACAGUCAUUUACGAGGAGCUAGACACCAGAGGAGCCGUCCUCCCCUCAAGCCUUUUGCUGGAAAGGGGGGGCUCCGUUUUCAACAUCCAAAGGCCGGGCGCUGGACAUUCAGGACACGUCAUUUUGUUCGCCUCGGUCAUUCAGAAAGCAUGGAUGGCGGAGCGGCGCAUCUGGACGCAGUGGGAGAGCGUGCGGCUGCGGUGGCAGCGCUUCGGCAUGUCCAAGGGCUAUAGCAAGUCUCAGUCGACCUAUCUAUGGAAGGCAGUCUGAGGUUCAUACACUCUAUGUUUGGUCUUAUUCACUUAAAUUGGUUGUCAUUGUUGCUCUUUGUAGUUUGUUUAGUUUCCGUUCCCGGGCUAUGGUGUAGUUUGAAGGCCUUCGAAUGAUUGAGAUAUCUGUUGGAACAUCUGCACAGCGCUUUCCCUCGUGUGUUUGAUGGCCUUAGUUUGUAGCUCUGUCUCGGGACCACUUCUGCUGUUGGCGAUGUGGUGAUUCAAGCGCAGGAAACAGUGAUGCAAGGUCACCUACGCCUGGAGUGGUGUGGGGAGUGUUCCACGCUCGACCUAUAGCCAUCCUGGUUUUUUUUGCUCACACCUUAGUUUGAAGGGUUUCGUCCGUUUUUUAUCGUUCAAGUUAGUUGGGUGGUGUUCUUGUUUAUCGCUUGUAGUGGUAUUGGUGUUUUCAUGCUUGAGAUUCACAGAGUCUCGAUACUCUUAAACCACCAGUACUUGGCCCAGCUAUCGGCCGCGGAAAAAAAUAGAAACGUUUCUAGUUGGAUGAAUUUGGGCGCUCCUGUAGUGGCCCGUACGUUUCCUAAAAUUGCGUAGCGUUAACGCUACGCGACUUUAGGAAGUACUGGUGGUUUAAGCGACUGGGGUACCUUUGUAUUGGUUUAGGGUGUUACUCACAGGGUUGGAUGGUAUGAGAGACCCGGUGAACAGCAAACUAGAUAUCCAUUGGGUACGUGGUGGGAAACCCGUCUCGGCAACAAAGGCUCUUUACAGCGUUUGGGAUAGUGAGGUUGAGAGGGUAACCCUAAUGUUUAUUCCUCUCCCAACUCCGUUUUGAAGAUUGCCCUUCUAGUUUGAUAUCUUGUAGAUCUUCGGAAGUUGGUGGGUUGUAAGUUUGAUAUUUUGUUAUCUUCGGAAUUUGGAUUGUUUUAAUGACCUGAAACCUUAUGGUUGGCGGCGCUGACAGCGGGAGUGGGAGACUCACUAGCGGCGGUGGGAACGUUUCCCCGGGGCGAUGGGUUAAAUACUUCAUAGAUUCUCGAUACUCUUAAGUGCUGGGAUAUGUUUUGGAUGAUUCUCACAGGGUAGGGCUGAUAUGAGAGACCCGGUGAAGAGCAAACUAGAGUUGUAUCCAUUGGGUGGGUGGUGGGAAACCCGCCUAGGCAACAAACUUUAAGGCUCUUUACAGCGUUUUGGAUAGUGAGGCUGAGAGGGUAACCGUAACGACUAUUUCUCCUUCCCAGCUUUAGUAAUCGAGAUUCUUUUUCGUGAUUUGAUAAAUCGUGGAAUUUGGA